GAUAAAAAAACCACCUUGGCAGUUAUGGAUUCAUCUGACAUUCAAAGGAAUAAAAUAGCUAUCAUUGGCGGUGGCUUGGUUGGAGCAUUAAAUGCAUGUUUCCUAGCAAAAAGGAAUUUCCAAGUGGAUGUGUAUGAGGCUAGAGAAGAUAUCCGGGUGGCUAAAUCCGUACGUGGAAGAAGCAUUAACUUGGCCCUUUCUUAUAGAGGGCGACAAGCCUUGAAAGCCAUUGGCCUUGAAGAUCAGAUUGUAUCCCAAGGUAUUCCCAUGAGAGCAAGAAUGAUACAUUCACUUUCAGGAAAAAAGACUGCAAUUCCUUAUGGAACAAAGUCACAGUAUAUUCUUUCUAUAAGCAGGGAAAAUUUAAACAAAGAUCUACUAAAUGCUGUUGAGAAAUAUCCCAAUGCGAAGCUGCACUUUGGCCACAGGCUGUUGAAAUGUAAUCCUGAAGAAGGCAUGAUCACAGUGCUUGGAUCUGACAAAGUUCCCAAGGAUGUCACUUGUGACCUUCUUAUAGGAUGUGAUGGGGCCUAUUCAACUGUCAGAACUCAUCUUGUGAAGAAACCUCGCUUUGAUUACAGUCAGAAAUACAUUCCUCAUGGAUACAUGGAAUUGUCUAUUCCACCUAAGAAUGGAGAUUUUGCCAUGGAACCUAAUUAUCUUCAUAUCUGGCCUAGAAAUACCUUUAUGAUGAUCGCACUUCCUAACAAGAACAAGUCUUUCACAUGUACCUUGUUCAUGCCCUUUGAAGAGUUUGAAAAACUUGUCACUAGCAGUGAUGUGCUGAAUUUCUUCCAGAAGUACUUUCCAGAUUCCAUUCCUCUAAUGGGAGAGCAAGCCCUGACACAAGAUUUCUUUCAGUUGCCUGCCCAGCCCAUGAUAUCUAUAAAAUGUUCUUCUUUUCACUUUAAAUCCCACUGUAUGCUGAUGGGAGAUGCAGCUCAUGCUAUAGUGCCCUUUUUUGGGCAAGGAAUGAAUGCGGGCUUUGAAGACUGCUUGGUUUUUGAUGAAUUAAUGGAUAAGUUCAAUAAUGAGUUUAGUCUGUGUCUCCCUGAAUUUUCAAGAAUGAGAGUUCCAGAUGAUCAUGCAAUUUCAGACCUAUCAAUGUACAAUUACAUAGAGAUGCGAGCACAUGUCAACUCAAGAUGGUUCAUCUUUCGAAAGAACAUAGAGAAAUUUCUUCAUGCUAUUAUGCCAUCUACUUUCAUUCCUCUAUAUACUAUGGUUACCUUUUCCAGAAUAAGAUACCAUGAAGCAGUGUUGCGCUGGCAUUGGCAAAAAAAGGUGAUAAACAAAGGACUACUUUUCUUUGGAACGCUGACAGCCGUUGGUAGUACUUACCUUCUAAUACGCUCCAUGUCACCAACACCCCUGAGCUAUUUGAGAAGUCCAAGGGACUGGGCCACUUACAUUCAUAAUACAGGUCAUAUUUCCCUGAAAAUGCCAUGGGGCUACUAGAAUAAAUUCCUUUUUUCAUCAACAAGUAAAUAAAGGCCCUAAAGUAGCAAAUUCUUGAUUUUUCUAUAACCAAAUUUAGGAGUCAAACUAUGUUUUUGUCAUCAUAUUGAAUUUGCUAAAGGAUGAUGUUUGACUUUCUUUUUUUUUUUUUGCUUUUUGGGUCACACCCGGCAAUGCACAGGGGUUACUCCUGGCUCUGCACUCAGGAAUUACUCCUGGCAAUGUGCGGAGGACCAUAUGGGAUUCUGGGAAUCAAACCCAGAUCAGCCGCAUGCAAGGCAAAUGUCUUACCUGCUGUUCUAUUGCUUCAGCCCGAUAUUUGACAUUUUAUAUUUAAAUUCAAUGUGAAUGUUCUAUCUGUUCACUGCAGUAACUGGAAAAUUUUCUUUAAGUUG